UUUUCUUUGUGCACGCGCGUCGGAGGAAAAAUCCAAACCAAAUUCCUUUUCUUCUUCUGCACAUUGUUUAAUGAGCCGCUAUGGAUACUUCACUGCGAUUAUUUUAGUACAAUAAUUCAUAAAAAUGGAGGCCCCUGAAGAAGAAAUCAUGGAUUCCCUCUGGAAAGAUCUUCCUAAAGAUAUUGUGGAAAUGGUACUGCUUUUCUUACCUCUGGCAAGCGCUAUGCAGUUCAAAAGCGUGGCCAAAGAGUGGAGGGAAUUUUUAGGCUCAAAUUGUCAUUACAGGACAAGAUCCGCAGUGGAGCAGAGGACGCCAUGGCUCUUUCUCUGCACCUCUGGCAAAUUUUCAUGUGCCUUCGAUUUUUCACUAAAACGCUGGUACAAGAUUCUCAAUCCUCCUCUCUAUAGACAAAGCAUUGUUAGCGCUAGCGGGAAUUUGGUUUGCCUGGGGAAUUUAGUGGCAGAUUGCAGAGCUUUGAGCCUUUGUGACCCGGUCAGGAAGUUAGUGAAAAGUCUGCCGCCCAUGAGCAGGAUUCAGUUUAUACAUAAAGUUAGCUUGAAUCUUCAGAGAGAUGGGGCCUACAAGAUCAUGGUGGUGGGUGAGAACGACCGCGCUGUGAACAAUUUGAGAGGAUUAGUGACAGAGGUUUAUGAUUCCAAGAUUGAGAUUUGGAAAAUGUCAGGGGAAACAAUGGCUGAAGCCAAAUUUGGGCUUGAUGCAGGGGUUUGGAUAAACAAUCGAUUUUAUUGCAUUGUAGAGAUGCCUUAUGGCGUUGUUAUUUUCGACCAGAAAAGAGAUUUGUGGGAAGAAUUGGAGGUUAAAAUGCCCGCAGGUUGUAAUGACAUGUCCUCGCCCUGCCUUGUGGAAUGCAGGGGCCGUUUGUUACUGGUUCUGAGGAACAGCAGUACAGAGAGUGGUAAUGGUAAAGUUCAGAUCUGGGAACUCAUGAAAAAGAGGGGCGGAUUAAAGGAAAAGAAGGAUCUUGAAUGGGGGUUAUUGGAGGAAAUGCCUGAGAAUAUUGAGGUAGAAUUCAUGGCUUCUUCGAGAUUGGGUGAUGUAUCAGAUAGAUUGAUAUGUUGUGGAGUGGGCGAGUGGGUGUGCAUAAUGACUCAGCUGAGUGGGAGUGCGUUGGGGUUCAACUUGGUAAUAAAAAAGUGGGAAUGGUUAGGCAAAGACCCUGCUUUUCCGCAAGGUCGCACUUGCCAUCUGUACGCCUUCCCUCUUCAACCCAUUUCACACUGUCAAUUGUGACCAGGGUUUGGGAAAGGUUGGAGAUUGUAAAUUUUUUAAUGUUGAAUUGUUAAUUUAUUUGUAAAUAUGUUUCUCA